GAGAGCUUGAGAACAGAAUAAACUUUCACUUUGCUACGAUAGCAAAGGCAAAACCCAUUUGAAUUAAAUCCAAAAUGCGAUAUCUCAUCAUGGGCCUGCUCACGUUGAUUUUCGUCAUAAUAUUCUUUUCCGUUGGCGGCUACUACACCUUGCAGCAUCCCAAGCAGAAACGUUUCAAGGCAUGCUAUAGCCAGGGCGGCACUUGUCGCGAAGAAGACAAUUGCGAGGAUCAGUUCAAGAGUGACUUUCUUACUCUCUGCGUGCUCAAGAUUUGCUGUCUUUCCGAGGUGCCCAUAAAGUCGGGAGAGGAUUAUGAUUGAGUUAUUCCUCUGUAUAUAUUUUUGCAAUGUAUUUUGGUAUAACACGUGUCACAGGUCUCUUUCGGGUUAAAACAAAUUGAAGCUACUG